UUUAACAGAUCCAAUGAACUAGUAGCAGUUAUUAUGUAAUAGACUGGAUCUAUGUUUCCUAUCAGAUUCCCAGAGCCAGAGAAAUAUGAUCUGAUCUUCUGAACUAGUCUUUUCAAUGAUUUAGAUCACAGCGAACUGAUCUCCAAAAUGAACUACAUUUCCCAUGGAUCCCUCCCGCAUACAGCCAUAGCUAUGGCAGCACAGGAAGUCCUCUAGCGGACAUCUUGGUCCACCCUGAAGUAACCGGAAGUACUUUAUACAGGAGAUGGAUCCGGGUAGGCACGGUUGACCGGCCGGGGAGCAGACACGUCAGUCUCACCUCCCGGGCGCUUACAGUCUUAUGGGAGGCUUGGGGGGGUAAGGAUCAGUGCGCGGUACCGACUCCACAACUAUAGUGUCUGCAUUGGUGUUAUACAUGACCAGUAGAGAUCUGACGUCACGUAUGGGAAGUGUAUCUAAUGGUAAUGGAUGGAGGACUUCUCCUGCCCACCCAGAGGUUUCCAGUGACAGCUCUGUAAAUGGACAGAUCGCAUGUGGAUACUCGCAGUAGGAUCUUGUAAUAUAUGGAAAUAGCCCUUUAUAGGACUGUAGUGAUCAUGCUGAGCUGCUAGGAUUAGGAUGUUCUCCUAAAAGCAGGAAAGAAGUGUUCGGGGAUCUUGGCGCAGCCUUUCCCAUGUAGGCUUGAGUGAGUUCUCUGUCACCUCAAUGUCCCCUUAGGGUAGAUGUAUUACUGAAGAAACCCUUGGCAGGGUGAAGUGUUGAGUCGCUACCAUGGAAAAGUUAGGUAUGAAUUUUGGAGGUGGCCCAAGUAAGAAAGAACUGCAAGAGUUGGUGGAGACUCAGAGGAAGCAGCUGCUUCAGUAUCAGACUCGUCUUAAAGAUGUUGUGAGAGCAUACAAGAGUCUCUUGAAAGAAAAAGAGGCUUUAGAGGCCAGUCUUCAUGUGCUGUCCACUUCACAGGAUCCUGGAACACUUUCCACAGAUGUAGAGGAGCCACAUGAUGACCAGCAUUCUACACACAGUGAAGAUAGCAUUGAUACAGCAGGAAGCCUACCCAGUGCUAGAGGGGGAGAGACCAGUGAAGAUGAAAGACAGGAACCUGCUCAGCACGUUGGUGGUGUUGAGGAGGCAAGUGGCUCAGAAAGUGGAGUCAGCACAGCCAGCGGAGAAGGUGGGCCUUCAACUACGGCCGAUACAGACAGAAGAAUUGUGCAGCUAAAGAACCAGCUUGCCACUCUAACCAGUGCUUUGGCCACAGUUACUCAAGAGAAAUCUCGAAUGGAAGCCUCCUACCAAGCAGACAAAAGAAAAGCAAAACAGGAGAUGGAGGAAAUGGCACAAAGAAUGGAGGAAGAGCAUAACAUUUUACGAGGGGAGAUUCAAGGUUUACAAGUUCAGCUAGCGGAGAAUAGGGAUAAACUGAUUAGUCAGCAAUAUGACCGCGCACAAGAGCAGGCAGAUCAUGCAGUAAUGCUGAAGGAGCUACAGCGUCUAUUGCAAGGAGAGAGAGACCUGAGGCAGGAGGUGGAGCUGCACCUGGAAGAAGCUAGGCAAGAAUUGGCGGGUAGAUCUGAACUCGCAGUUAGAGCUGAGGCAACAGAAGAACAAAGCAAAAAGUUACGCAGAGAAAUUGAAGAGCUGAAGAAGGAACUUCUUGAGGCUAGGAAGCAGAGAACAGAGCCUGAUCCUAUGGUUCAGGAGUUGCAGGAUGAGCUUUGUGCAGUAAAAAAAGAUCUAGAAGCCCUUCUACAAGAGGAAAGAUGUAAGAGGUUAGAGGAACAUCAAUAUAACCAGCAGAGGUUCCUGCAAGAGGAGGAAAGGAUACGCACUCUUGAAUCCCAAGUUUCGGAGCUGUCUGAGCUCUUAGGAGCAGCUGAAACAGCCAAACAGAGGGACCAAGUUACUAUUCGUAAACUUCGCGAACGUCUUCUGCAGCUAGAAACUGAGAACAAAACAAUUGCUAUGGCCACCUCAAUGCAUCCGCCAACAGAAACCCUUGUCAUGAAAUCUUCAGCAGGUGAGGACAUUGAGGAUAGUCCAGAGCAGCGUGGAUCAGCUCUCUUUUACCAGCAGGAACUUCAACAGGUAAAAGAAGAGUUUGAACGUUACAAAGCUCGAGCUCAGGGAGUGCUGAGAACCAAGGGGGCACGUGAAGGAGAAUUGGAAGCUGGCAAACAGAAGUUGGCAGAGUUGAAGGAUAAGUACCUCACCCUGAGAUUGUCUUUUGAAGAAGCAGAGAAUAAGCACAAAGCAGAAAUGGAGGCUGCACGCAAGGAACUUGUGCUGUUGGCUCAGACUCACAGACAGGAUCUUGAAGAAGUUCGGAAAGAAAGUCGUGAGAAUAUGGCACGAAUGGAGGAAGAGUUGAGACAACAAAGAGAACGUGUUUUGGCUGUGCUUUAUGAAAAGGAGCAGGAACUGGAAAGGUUGAGAGAAACCAAAAUACCAGUUGGCGUAUAUCCACCUUCACCAGACCCCUUGGAAAAUGGUUUAGAGCUUCCUCAGAACAACUCCUCUGCUUUCCUUGUAUAUAUAGAUCAAGUGUCUCGGAAAGAAGCCGAAAUUGGGAACUUGCGGCGCAAAAAGCAUGAACUAGAGGCAGAAUUGCAAAACAUGCAGAGUCGGCUAGCAGAAAAAAAUGAGGAGACUCAUACUUUACGUGAACAGGUUAAUAAGGCUAUGCGAGACAAAAGCAGGGAGGGGGCAAACAUGGAGUAUCUAAAAAAUGUUUUGUUGGGGUUCUUGACUCUUCCAGAUCCACUUGGUAGACAACAUACAUUAAGUGCACUUCUGACAGUUCUACAUUUUUCCCCAGAGGAAAGAAAUGCAGCCCUUAGAGCACAGGAUGGGAGUAGGUGGUGGGCAGGGACUAAGAGGUGAUGUAAACUUUGGGAACACAAACCAGGAAAAGAGUGAUAAAUCAUUGUCAUUAUUGUUUUAACUAGUGAUUUUGACAUUUCCUGAACUAUAUGAUAUUUUAUUCCGGGACCAUUAACAUUACCUUAUGCUAAUAGAUGUUGGGGAAAUACUUUAAACACAGAAUCAGAGUGUAAAAUAGUUGUAUAGUUCUGUAAGUCUAUUAACCUGGAACACUGUGUUCUGCUUCCUCUAUGUAUCAAGUAGUAUAAAUGUUUUGGUAUGGGUUUGUAUACUGUGUGGGCACAACUUCGUGCAACUAUGCGGGCAAUGAUCGCUGCUGGCACUCUCCACCUCUCAUCUAGGAAGGUAUACUUCCAAAAUGUGCAAGGCAUGAGAGUAAGCCCUGGGGAGCAGAACUGGUAAGACCUUUACUGCUCUUCGCACCACCCCUUUAAGUUAAUGAUAGAACAGUGUAAACUUACCACCUUGCUUCUUGAAAGUUUAGACUUUAUAUCAACUUUAAUUAUAAAGGGAACUAAAGAGGAUCUGUGGCCAACUCCCAAAAAAAAUUGAUUGCAUUGUUAUUAAAUUACUUAGGGUGUCCUGAUCAGACACCUUUUACAGUUUCUUAAUAGACUUUUCCUUCCCUGAGAUAUGAGGGUUUAUAGUUUGUCUGAAAAUUCAGGUAAUUGAUGGGUGUGAAAUUUUAAUAAUGGAAGUGAACAUUAGGUGAAAGGUGGGAUCAUACAGUCAGGGGUGUCCAUUUGGCAUGCAUGCAUCUCAAUGUACAACAUUCACAUCCCCUGACUGUAUAAUCCCGCCCAUCACCUUGUAUAAACUCCCACUACUAAAAGUUCACACCCAUCUGACUGAUUCCCUGAAUUGUCAGACAAACUAUAAACCCACACAUCUUUGGAACGUAUCAAGAAAGUGUCAAAAGGUGUAUGAUCAAGGCUAUUUAAUGACAGCUAUAAUGGCCAUGGAUCCUCUUAAAGUAACAAGAAUAAAUAAUUGUUUGUUCUUUGCUGGGGGGGGGGGGAGACGCACAAAAGUGGUAACUUAAUGCAAUUCCAGUACAUAUCACAUCCUGUAUGGGGCUGCGGCAGUCUGCAGGAAGGGGCGUUCCAUCCCUGCAUGACGUGGCGGCUGACCCCCCCCCUUCCAUCUACCACAUAGAGAUACAUGGAGGGGGCGUGUCUGCCACGGCUUCCUGCUGAGGACCGCUCGAUGCUUCCUUCAGACUGCCGCGGCCCCGUAAGAACCGCGCGAUUUAGAACUUAUCCCCUAUCCUUCUUAUAGGGGAUAAGUUAUUUCCACUACAGUACUCAUUUAAUAAAAUCAAUGGAAGCGUGAAAGUGUUAAGCUGGUGCUACACAGUGUGAGAUUGCUCAACUAUAAUUUAUUUAUUUUUUCGUUUGGUAUUUUAAUAUAGUAUUGGAAAAACACGGUUGCUUUCUGUCACAGUGACAAGCAGACUUGUCCACAGGUUGCAUGUGGUAUCGCAGUGUAGCCACAUUUACUUCAGUACUGGACACUACUUCUAGACAGGUGUCACACUGUUUUUGUGGAGUAAAGCAACAAUAUUUUUCUAAUCCCCAUCAAUCCAUUUCUUCUACCACUUCUGAUUAAUAAGUUGCAGCUGAUCAAAUCUUAAAUAUGAGACAACUUUGUUAAAAAGACAUGCAGCCAAACUGCAUGUGCAACUGCGACCUGAAACCUCAUCACCAGUCACUGUGUAGCCCUCUCCUCACACAUUGGGGGAGAUUUAUCAAAGGAUUUAGACUGGUUUUUCCUGUCUAAAUUUGUCACACACAAAGUCGCAGUCUAAAUAUGUGCGACUUUUGCUUUAGAGGAUUUUUAGAACAUGAUGCAUUCUAGUCUAUUUUGCAUUGGUGCUGAAUUGAUCAAAAGCAACUUUUCGGCAACAAGUCGCAUCGGCUGAAAGUACGCCGAAAUGUCAGACCAUGCUGGAGCAGAUUUAAAUACAGUCUAAAGCAUAGAUCCUGAAGUCCGUGCACAGAAUUUAUCAAGAGCUGUGCGACUUUUGAUAAAUUAAGCACAAAAUAGACCAGCCUAACCCUCCGUAGAUUGGUCUAUAUUGAUGCGGGACAUAGACAGCUUUGAUAAAUCUCCCCCACUGAGUUCCGUUACCUAACUUCAGCUGUGCAACUUGAGUCGUAGUGUAGUCCUGGCCAAAGUUUUUAUUUUUGACAUUGUUAGUCUAUGUUCACAUGUACUAACUGCACUGCCACUGGUUUCUUUCAGGAUAAUGGCAAAAAACGAUUUUAUUGUAUACUGCAGGAUCCUCGCAGUGUGCCUGUUUACUUACUUGCUCCAUUCUGCAAAAAAUUAAAAUAAAAAGUUUGAAAAUGCACCAUGCAUAUUAACUAAUAGACCACAGUCUGUCUAUUAAAAUCAAUGGGAAGGCCACAGUAUACAUCAGAAUAUCUUUUUGCCAAGAUUCUGGAAAUAUAAUACAGUUAAUAUAAUACAGUUAAUAGAGGUGAGCUUAGAUAAAAGGCAUUCAGCUCACAGAUUCACAGUGCUUGGUAAAACGGUCCUCUGCAAUGAAACUUCAAAACAAGAUGGUAGCUGUUGCAAGACUACAACCCCCAGCAUAUCCUCACUGUAAGGGCAAGCUGUGGGAGUUGUAGUCUUGCAACAGGUAGCAGGUGGAUGGUAGAUGUGUGGUGUGGGUGAUAGAUGUGCAGGUGGGUGAAAGGCUGUUGAGAUCUCCUCUGGCUGCUCCUCACAGUCUGUCUAAGGCUGGGUCCACACUACGUUUUGUCCCAUACGG